UACCGUACACGCGUGUGGACGAAGACGUUGAUUUCUCACCGGAUAGCAAGUUUUUGAUUUGUUCAAUUGUAAUUAAUAAUAUUGUUGCUAAUUAUUUGAAAGGUGUGCUGCUAAUUGUAAACAUUCACAUGUCUUCAAUUUGUGUUACUUCGUGAAAUGAAAUUGGUCUGUGUUCGGAGAAGCGCCGCCGCCGCCGCCGCUACCGCCGCCGCCGCCACUGAACACUCGUCCGCGUGCAUCGCGUAACCCGGCGGGUAGGGUUACUCUCUCAGCGACCGCCGCACAGGACGGACGACAGACGAGGCCAUCAUGGGGUGUUUCGUGGAAACCGUGACGGCCCUGUAUUCCGUGUCGCUGUCCAUGUCCGCGUUCUUCCAGAACAACCUGUUGCUGCGGAAGGCGUGCAACUCAUCCGUGCCGUUCGGCGAGUGCACCGAAGGCGAGGCGCACGCCCAGCACGUCGUGUCCACCAUAUACUCGUGGAAAGCGGCCAUACAGUACACCAUUCCCGUCGUGAUAAUCAUACUCGCGGGUCCAUGGAGUGACAGUCAUGGCAGACGUCGGAGACCAUUGAUUUUAAUACCACUUAUAGGCCAAGUCUUAACUGAUAGUUUGUGCAUUUUAAAUGUUUAUUUUUGGAACUGGUCUCCACAAAUCGCUGCGCUUUUUGAAGCCGUAACACCAGGGUUAUUCGGUUCCCGAAAUAUGUUCUGGGUAGGUCUAAUAUCGUAUAUAUCAGAUAAUUGUACUCAUGAAUCCAGAACAUUAAAAUACGGAAUCAUAAAUGCAAUUUACACUAUAAGUACUUUAAUUGGAACAGGACUGGCUGGGUUUUUAAACGUUGGUCUAGGAUUUUAUGGUGCAUUUUUAGUACCUAUUUCGUUAAAUUUAAUCGCUUUUGCGGUUGGUUUAAUAUUUAUUAAAGACACUUCUAUGCCUUACGACAAAAAUGUUGUUUGGUUGAAACCAAAAUAUUUUAUGCAAAAUUAUUUGAAUGUAUUUAAAGGAAGCAGUAAAAAUUAUUCAAUCACGUUAGCAGCAUUACUAAUGUGUCAGGCUGUUUUAGUGGGAAGAAUUGGAGGUGAAUAUGCUGUCACCUAUUUAUUUAUGAGAUUUAAAUUUAAAUGGUAUGAAGUGCAAUACAGUUAUUUUGCUGCUUACAAAAUGUUGAUGAUAUUUGUUGGUACACUUUUUUCUGUUACUGUUUUGAGCCACCGUCUGAAAAUAAAUGAUGCAAUUAUAGGUUACAUUGCAUGCACAUUUGAUAUUCUUGCAGCAGUGUGUUACGUUUUUGUCAACGAACCUUGGCAACUAUACAUCAUUCCAUUAGUUGACUUUUUCCAUGGGACCGCACUCACUAUUUCUACUUCGUUGACAUCUAAAAUCGUAGAAAACGAAAAACUUGGUCGAUUAAAUUCUGUCCAAGGAUUAAUGAGCACAUUCAUGUCAUUCAUUUUAGUUUCAUUAUACAGUACAACGUAUAAUUUAACAUUUGAAUACUUACCCGGUGCUGUGUUUUUGUUAAAUAUAAUCUUAACUUUUCCUUUAUUAAUAAUAUUUAUGAUUAUUUACUGUAAAUGUAAACACAUGUGGACAGCAAAAGAAAUAACUCAGAGUUAAUUAAGACAAUUUAGGUAUAAUUUUUAAAUUGUAAUUGUAAGAAAAGAAAAGACAGUGUACAUUGUAUAACGUAAUAUCAUUAUCGUUCAUGUAAAUGAUAUUUUAAUUAUAGUUAGUUAGUUUUAUAAAGUAUUAUUUUAUGUAUUUCAUAUUGUAUUAAUAUACAUCAAUAUAAAUAAAAACUUAAUGUUCCAUAAAUGUUAUCUUAACAGAGAAUUAAACUAAUAUGGUUCAAUAAGUGGGUACUAAAUGUUUAUGGUCAACACUUCACUAGCGUAAAUACAUCUUUAAAUCAGGGCGUGGACUUUAGUCGCAGUUAUUUUCUAUGGAAAAAUCUCACUCACGUCCCCUAAUUUUUUUCGUUAACGAAUAGAAUUACAUAUAUUAUUACCUUAUAUUGAUAAGACUGUAUACAAGGUUUUGUAACUACUUACGUAUACUUCAAAAUUUCGAAACUCAAAAUUUGAAUAUUUAUAUUAUUAAAGGGAAAUAUUGGAUUAAGCAUGCUUAUAGAAUCAUCCUGCAAGUAAUAUACAUUGCGGUACUAAAUGUUUGUGCAACAAACUGAUAACUUACUAACAGAACCCAAGGCCGUAUCUAGAAAUUUUUUUUUUGGGAGGGGGG